AUCAGUGUCGUCGAACCCGCACUCUCUCUCUCUCUCUCUCUCUCUCUCUCUCUCAAACACACACACCACACACAUACACACUGAGCUGUGAAAGCGAAGAUGCAGGCCGUGUGCAGGCGUUUGGGGAACCAAUACACCAAGCAAUCGACCGCUCCAAUUUCUUGUUUCAAAUCGAUUUACCUGCUUCCUGAUCAAUGUUAUGGUGCAGAGAGCACGAGGUUUGCUUCUUCUCUUGCCACCAAAGGCGUGGGGCAUUUAGUUCGCAAGGGCACUGGCGGCAGAUCAUCCGUUAGUGGCAUUGUUGCAACAGUAUUUGGAGCUACGGGAUUUCUUGGGCGAUAUUUAGUGCAGCAACUGGCUAAGAUGGGUUCUCAAGUGCUAGUUCCAUUCCGAGGCUCUGAGGAUUGUCAUCGGCACCUUAAACUGAUGGGUGAUCUGGGUCAGAUUGUUCCCAUGAAAUACAAUCCUAGAGAUGAAAAUUCCAUCAAGGCGGUGAUGGCAAAGGCUAAUGUUGUUAUUAAUCUUAUAGGAAGGGAGUAUGAGACCAGAAAUUUCAGUUUUGAGGAAGUGAAUCACCACAUGGCCGAACAGCUUGCUCUCAUUGCCAAAGAACAUGGUGGCAUCAUGAGGUACAUUCAAGUUUCUUGCUUGGGGGCUAGUCCAUCAUCUUCAUCCAGAAUGCUUAGAGCUAAAGCAGCAGGUGAAGAAGCUGUCUUACGAGAAUUGCCCGAGGCUACUAUUAUGAGACCUGCUGCGAUGAUUGGCACAGAGGAUCGAGUUUUAAAUCCAUGGGCACACUUUGCUAAAAAAUACAGUUUUCUCCCACUCUUAGGAGAUGGAUCGACCAAGAUUCAGCCUGUAUAUGUUGUUGAUGUUGCGUCAGCAAUUGUUGCCGCCUUAAAAGAUGAUGGUAGUAGCAUGGGAAAAGUUUAUGAACUUGGUGGGCCAGAGAUUUACACCUUGCAUCAACUAGCAGAACUUAUGUAUGACAUGAUUCGUGAGUGGCCUCACUAUGUGAAGGUUCCUUUCCCUAUCGCCAAGGCUAUAGCAACACCUCGAGAAGUAUUGCUUAAUAAAGUUCCUUUCCCAAUGCCUACCCCUACCAUAUUCAACUUGGACCAAAUUGAAGCACUUUCCACAGAUACACUGGUGUCUGAAAAUGCUUUGAAGUUUGAGGAUCUUGGAAUUGUGCCUUGUAAGCUGAAAGGAUAUCCAGUUGAGUUUCUCAUACAAUAUCGUAAAGGGGGACCACAAUACGGUUCAACAGUUAGUGAGAAAGUUACCCCACAGUCGUGGUCUUGAUGCUUGCCAGUUCUUCUUUUAAACACCGAAGAAAUCCUAUUGGAAGCUCUAAGGUAGGUAUGUUUUGCCUGCAUUUCGGCAGCAAGCUGUGAAAAUACAAGUACAUCUUUUGUUGUCUUGGUGGAGAAAUUGGAAUAGUUAUUACAUUGUGGUUUAGUGUAUUGGUAUUGUGGUUUAACGAAACCAAUCAGAUCAACCUUCUAAACAUGGUUGAGAGCGCCAAUUUUCGUUAAGACUUGGAAGAAUAAAGUUUAUUGAGGAAUAACAUGAUUCCACAAUGUACAAUGCCGAAAAGUUGUCUCAUUGUAGAAAAGAGACAAGAGAUUUGUUUUUUUGGCUAAAUGUUAAAGACCUUCUGUAUCAAGAUUUAAGAAAAUGAUGUUUACCUUUC